AUGCUACUGAUGCUAAUGUUGUUGAUGAUGAUGAUGAUGUCGACACAGUCAUCAGCAGCAGCACAGGGAGCAUCAGCACCAUCACUACUACUAUCUCCACUAUUAUCAGCACCAUUAGGAUUAUCAGCGCCACCACCACCACCACCGGCACCGUUGACCUUUCGGGUAGAGCCACCGCCACGUGUACUAUACUCUAACAAAUACGGUACAGUCAUACCCUGUUCAAUGGACACUACAGGUCCCGCUACCGACAAUUUGAAGAUCACAUGGAUGUCGGUUACGGCCGACAACACCGCGGGUGGCGGUGGCGGUAGUAGUGGUGGUCAACACGACUCGGCGUAUGCGGAGGUCAACGAUGUUGUCGGACUUAGGCUGAUCCGUGAAGACGGUUCUCUAUGUUUGCUACCGUUUCCCGAAACCCAUUAUACGGAUAGUAUUCAUAAUACUGUCUAUGUUUGUGUGGCCAGUUUACCGCCGUACGGCCAGAUUGGCAGCCGAUUUGUUAAAGUCAAAGCAGUGAUCGACAAACAGCCGGUAGACGUACGUAAUGUGGACAGCAGUGUCAGUAUGGGAUCGGAUGUCAUAUUGCACUGUCAUUUUGUACAGCAUUUAUAUGAAGUUUCUCUAUGGAUUAGCGAUGACGGCCUCAUUAUACUGCCGGUUGUCAAAACUAAUAGUGCUUUAGGUAAAUCAUUACAAAGUAAACACCAUAUCUUAAUGAACGGGGAUCUACUGAUCACCGACAUUGACAACGAGGAUGUCAAACGCAGAUACCGGUGCCAAGUGGCCAACAGGUUGACCGGCGAGCGAACCGAUAGCUCAAACUGGUCGCGCAUUGUCUUAAUUGAUAACGACAUGAGGACAGGCCUACGAAACAAUUUGAGUCCAUCGGUUAGUACAAUGCUAGUCCCGGAUGGCCAAUCGGUAGCCAUAUAUUGUUCAUUUGAUGGCCAACCCGACAGCCGACCCGACCAGCACUGGUACUAUACUGUCGGCCGACAUUCAAUGGAUCUGAUGUCGACCGCACGUAUGACCAGAUUGCCAGUGUCUACACUAUCGUCGGCCGAUAAUAAUAAUAAUAAUAAUAUCCAUAACAAUAACUAUAAUAAUAAUAACUAUAAAGUGAUGCCAACAAUGGUAUUGAUUGGCAGCGCACAGUUAGCUGAUAAUCGGCGAUUUAUUUGUGUCGCCAAUAAUACCGGAGCUGAACAACGAUCCGAAACACAACUUAUAGUCAGAUCUUCAUUGAGACUACAUUUAUCAGUAUCUUCAUCGUCGACAACAACAUCGACGCCUAGUUUGGGCGAUGAUAUUAUCCUAAAUUGUAGCCUAACUGUAAUGGAUUCAAUACCAUCAUCAAUGGCCAGUAGCACCAGUAGUAGUAGUAAUCCAGGAGCCACUAUAGUGGGUACAGAGUCGGGCAUCGUAGCCGGCAUCAAAUGGUUUCGCAAUAUGCGGCCACUGGUUAUGGAUCAUCGGAUCCGACAGUUGUCGGACACUGUCCUAACCAUCCGAUCCUAUCGUCACUCGGAUAUCGGUAUUGUCCAGUGUUUUGUUCAUCUGAAAGAUGGUUUCGGUUAUGAGGAAUGGCUACAAUCGGCGGCUGUCCUUACAAUGGAAGAGAGAGCACCGGUAUUUACGACCGUAUUUUCCGAGCAAAUCAAAAUGUCAAACACGGAUCUGAGUUUGAAAUGUGCGGCCGUUGGCCAACCGCCGCCGAUAAUCUAUUGGAAACUGGACGACUGGGAUAUACUUGAAGCCGUACCCAGGGCUCGACUGCACAGUUACGCCAACAAAGUCGACCGCACCGGUAGCCAAUCGCAGCUCAAUAUUAGCUCAAUUACUAUGAAGGAAACGGGAGUUUAUCAAUGUAUUGCUCACAAUCUUAGAGGAACGGUAGUCCAUAGAUCCCGUAUCAAUAUAAUGGGUUCGCUGUAUAUAAAACCAAUUGGAAACGUUACGGCCAUUGCCGGCCAUUCCCUAACUAUUAACUGUUCCUAUGCUGGCUAUCCUAUCGAUGAAGUAUUUUUCCUAAAAGGAAAUCGACGCUUGCCUUUGGAUGAGAGACACUCGCAGCCAUCAAUCGGUCGACUGGCCAUCGCUUCGGUGGACAGUACCGAUCAAGACAUGUAUAAAUGUGUUGUCCUAUCGCUUAGUGGCCAACGAAUGGAGCAGACAUUUCAUGUCAAAGUCAUAGCUCCGCCGGUAAUCAGUCCGUUCAUGUUUUCCGAUAAUCUUGAAGAAAAUAUGCGCUGUUCGGCCGUUUGUUCGGUCAUAUCGGGCGAGCCGCCGAUAACCAUCAAAUGGUUCAAAGAUGGCAAACCAUUGUUGCAGAUGGACUCCGACAUCCAGAUAGUAUCCAUCAACGAGUUUAUAUCGUCGCUUAUCAUAUCAAACAUCCGGUACUAUCACAGAGGAAACUAUACGUGUGUGGCGUCCUCAGCCCAGUUGACCACUACGUCGACCAAUUUUACGGCCACAAUGCGCGUACGGGCGGCACCCCAAUGGAUAGUACGACCAGCGGACAGGCAUACAUUGGUCGGCCAAUCGUUGGUCAUGGACUGCCAGUCCAGUGGCUAUCCGCAGCCGGUAACUCGUUGGAAGUUUAUACGUAUCAAUCAGAUGAUGAUGGCGGGCACAGGUGCUGCUAAUGGUCUCCAGGGUGUUGGACAUCCAGACACCAAUAGUGCACAGUUAGCCAAAGGCUCAGAUGCCGUAUCCAUACUGAGUAGUCCACAGAUACAUGUACUGGAAAACGGUUCGCUAGCCAUCCGAUCGAUUGAAACACACUUUCAGGGUAUAUACAUAUGCGAUGUCGGCAACGGUGUUGGCCGGCCAUUGGAAACCAGUGCCCGAUUGUUUGUCAACAAUGUACCCACGGUUCAACUAGGCCAACGACAUCUGACUGUACGCCGAUCGGGACAGUUGACCGUUCAGUGUACGGCUAGCGGUACAACACCGUUGACUAUACGGUGGCUGAAAAACGGGUUUCCGCUUAGUAACGGUGCCAGCAGUGGUGGUGGUGGUGGUGGCCAUAGCCGUGGUGGACACAACAGUGACCGGUCAUUGUCGUCGGUAUAUAUAAUCCGAGAGGAACUGACCAAAACAAGCGGUACGGAAAAGUAUUCGCAACUAACGGUCAACAACUGUGUCCGCAACGAUACGGCAGUGUUUACAUGUGUUGCCACUAAUUUGUUUGGUAGCGAAUCCCAGGAGUCCGAUGUUGUAGUCCAGGAGCCACCUGACGCUCCCCAUGAUAUACAUUCAUUGGAUAUAACCGCCCGAUCGGCUACUGUCUCAUGGGUUACACUAUAUACUGGCAACAGUCCGAUCAUUAAACACAGUGUCCAAUAUAAACGACAAUCAGAUCAAUGGUUCGAUGCAUUGAUGAUACACUCGACCGCCAAUACAGUUACUAUAAGUAAUUUAUUGCCAAUGACUGGCUAUGAUAUCCGGGUAAAAGUUGAUAAUGAAAUUGGUUCAAGCGAAUUUAGUACUACCAUCAACAUUGUUACUACAAUGGAAGCGCCGUCAAUAAUACCGCAAGACGUUCACUGUGUGCCACUUGACUCGCGAUCAAUCAAAAUCCAGUGGAGUAUUGUUAGCCCUAAAUCACAGAUAAUUGAUGGCUUCUACAUUGGUUUCAAACCAUUUACUAACAUACAUAUGCCCUAUACGUAUAAGACAAUGCAGACCAGUGGUGGUAGGGCUGGUAGUGGUGGUGGUGGUGGUGGUGGUGGUGGUGGUGGUGAACAUGAGUUGGUUAUACAGGGAGGUAGCGUUGGUGGCGGUGGUGGUGGUGGACAUCACUACCAACAACAGCAGCAGCAGAUGCUGAUGAUGAUGAUGAGCACCGGUAGUAUGAUAGGUACGGCUGCUGGUGCUACCGUUGCUGAACCACAGAUAUCAAGCAAAUAUGAUUAUAAUAUCGAGUCACUGUCUAGACGUACAAAAUAUAUAUUUAUAAUACAGGCAUUCAAUAGUAUGGGUGCCGGACCUUCCAGUGCCGAGAUUAUUGCCGAAACAUUUGCAAACGACCCACCGGAGGCACCCCUGGUUAAGGUAGACUCACUGACCACUAGCGACGCCACACUUAUAUGGGAUUUGAUGUCCUCAUCCUCGUCGUCGUCCUCAUCGUUGUUCAAAGACAGCGACGGCAAUCAAGUGGACGGCUUUAUCAUUAGCUAUAGGAUGGACGGUAACAGUGGUGUAACUACCGGUGCCUUAGCCGAGCACAUGGCGUCCAACAACAACAACAUCAAUAACAACUGGGAGACCAUUCAGCUGAGUGGCCAACACAAAAAGUAUGUCCUAAGAAAUCUCCGAUGCGGUACUAGUUAUAUCGUUAAAGUCGAGGCCUUUAACGAUGUGGGCACCGGUAGGCCCAGCGAUGAGCUACGGUUUUCAACAGUUGGCAAAGCACCGGUAGCUGCCGACCGUAGUCAACAGUUUACCGCAAACAUUACGUUUGUUUUAUUGCAUUUGAAUCGUUGGUCAGAUGGCGGCUGUCCUAUCAGUCAUUUUUCGGUUCAAUAUAAGCCCAGACAGUCGGGUGACGGCUGGACAGUCCACUCAAACGACAUAUCAAGCGAACAGAAUACGGUAUUGUUGGCCGACUUGAGGCCGGGUACCUGGUAUGACGUACUGGUCGGCGGCUACAAUGAAGCCGGCCAAACACAACUGGAGUAUCGGGUGGCCACUUUGACGACUACCGGUUCAACUGUUGAACCGUUGAGUUCGUUGGACGGAUCGUCGUCGGCCGGCGGCAGCAGGGGAUCCAUAUUCGAGGAUCCAGUGAUUCUGAUACCGGCUUUCUGUGCCGUACUGGUCCUAGUGGUGGUCAGCUGUGCUACCGGUUUCAUAUUGAUCUGGAAGUCGAAAGAGUCGGGCGCCACCAACGAGCCAUACUGUAGGCACCGGGAAAACAGCCGAAGCGAUGAUCUAUCGUUAAACUCAUACAAUAAAGUGCCAAAAACAGAGCCUAUCUAUGAUCGCCAGAGACUACAAGUCUAUUAUCCCAAUGGCUAUCAUACCGAAGCCGGUGGUGGCGGUGGUGUUAGUGGCCAACAGCUAAUCACAACUGGUGGUCAAGAUUUGUGUCAUCAAAUACAUUUCCAGGGAGCCGCCGAUGUCGAUUGCGGUGACGGUAUUGGAGCCGCCAUUGGCGGCGGCGGUUGCGGCGGACAGAUAGUUGUCGAGCCGUCGAGAGGAGGUCGACGCGGGUUCGGCUAUGUUGACCACGUUUACGAUGUACCGCACCGUAUGCUCAACAAACAGAUGGCGGACACCACAAAGUUGUCCAGUUAUUCGCUGCUCUGGAAGGAAGACAACUGUCCCGAAGCCGUAGCCGAUUCUUGUCUACAAAUGGACAACAAUAGUUUAGUCGAUUCAACCGGAAUACCUAAUACAUUGACAAACUGUAGUAUAAGUAGCCGUGAUAAUGAAUCAAUUUAUAGCCAAUCGACAUGUUUUCAUGAGAUACACAAAUUGGAUCAAUUAAAACAAUUACAACAUUUACAGUAUGGUUGUCCCAGAGAUCAAUUGCCACCACAACAACAACACCAACAACAGCUAUCAUCAUCAGCAGUAACAACACCUACCAGUGCCGCACACGUCCAACACAGUAAACUAUUUGGUAAAUCAAUAAUUAUAUAA